GCUCAGUCGUUACUUGGCAACCCACUCGCCUACAUCGAAAAUCAAAUAGUUGUAAAAAAAAACCCCAAAAAAACCUGAAUGGUUUUAUAUUUUUGUGGGUCGUGAAUCAGCACCCCGUCGUGUUGCAAGUAUCCGUGAUUGUUGCGCAGCACACACAAAAUAUAGAACAGGGUUUCCGUUGUACAUCAUGGCGGAAGGUGGCUGGGAUGUGCAAAUGGAAGAAUCCGACUUUAUGGGCAUUAAUACAGUGGCACCCGAGGAGCAACCGAGAUUGCAUACCGAGCGAUUGGUAUCGAGUCGAUCACGUGACAGUGAAAGAAAGUUGAGCUUCCCAGAAAGAGGAUUCCGGCAGCAGCAACAGCAGCCUCCAGCUGGUAUGCAAUUAGUCAGAGCGGCUGCGGUGGCAGCCGAUCCGUUUGGCGAACAAGAGGAAGAUGUUGAACAGGAGGAAUGGAGGCUCGAAAUUGCCGAUGAAGAAUUGGUUCAAGCUAGGAAUCCACAUCCUGCGGCUCCGGUUGCCGGAUUUGCCGAUAGGCAACAUUUAGACGGUGUGGAUUUCCUUGAUCAUCGUGCACGAAAUGAAGUGGCACUUCUUGUUUCGGCAGUGACGAAUGGCGCCACUCCAAUGCUGAUGGCGUGCCGAAAUGGGCACCUGGACGUCGUCGAAUACCUGGUCGAACGUUGUGGCGCCGACAUUGAACAGGCUGGCUCAGUGACUUUCGACGGCGAAACGAUUGAAGGAGCUCCGCCGUUGUGGGUGGCUGCCGCGGCUGGCCACGUGCACAUUGUCCGCUUCCUGGUCCGAGCAGGGGCAUCGGUGAAUUGUACCACGAAAACCAAUUCAACGCCGUUACGGGCCGCCUGUUUCGACGGUCACUUUGAAAUCGUAAAAUACCUGAUUGAUCACGGUGCCGACAUGGAGGUGGCCAACCGUCACGGCCACACUUGCUUGAUGAUUGCCUGUUACAAGGGCCAUCUGAAAAUCGCCCGUUACCUGAUAGAGCUAGCCGCCGACGUCAACCGCAAGAGCGUCAAGGGUAACACGGCUCUGCAUGACUGCGCGGAAUCGGGUUCCUUGGAGAUACUCCAACUUUUGCUGUCCAGCGGAGCCAAGAUGGUGGUCGACUCUUACGGGAUGACCCCGUUGUUGGCUGCCGCCGUCUCUGGCCACACGCACAUUGUUGAAUACAUAGUCCACAAUUUGGACACUGUCAGUCGGAAGGAGAAGAUCGACGCACUGGAACUUUUGGGCGCCACAUUCGUGGACCGCAAGCGCGACAUGCUCGGUGCCCUCGAGUACUGGAAACAAGCCAUGCAGAUCAGAUACGAGAGCGGCGUGUGUUCGUUGCCCAAACCGCAAGGUCAGUCGCCAAUCGCCGCCUUUGAGAAUACGCUAGAAGCGACGACCGUCGAGCAACUCGAGGAGGCCGUCUCCGAUCCAGAUGGAAUGCGGAUGCAAGCCUUGUUGGUUCGCGAAAGGAUUUUAGGCGCAGCUCAUCCGGAGACUUCGUAUUACAUCCGAUAUCGCGGGGCGGUGUAUGCUGAUACGGGCAAUUUUAACCGAUGCAUUCGAUUGUGGAUGUAUGCCCUUGAAAUGCAGCAGUCGAUGUUGGAGCCGCUCAGCCCCAUGACCAAUAGCUCGCUUCUUUCGUUCGCCGAGCUUUUCAGUUUCAUGAUGGCCGAACGUGAUGCCGAAACGCGCAACAACAAUAACGGGCCAGCGGUGCAGAGUAACCGGCAGCCAAAUGCGCAGCAGCAGCAGCAACAACAACCGCCACCAGCAGUAGGUCUGAUGGCGCCACAGAGGAGUCCGCCAAACAUUCCGCCUCUGUCGUUUUCAGACGUCAUGGCCGUCUUGAGUCGAGCAGUCCGUGAAAUCCGUGCUGGCACGUUACAGCUGUCUAAAGUGGCGGCUGCUGAACGUGAUCUGACCUACUUCCAUCGAACACUGGGCAUCAUCGUCCAUCUCAUCUUCCUUUUAGCCAAGAUCCAGCCGGCACUCAACAGCCUUCAGCAUCAUGCGCUGAGAAAGUCACUCUACGAUCUGGUCCGGCUUAAUGCCCGCAGCCGCAAUGGUUACACGUUGCUCCAUCUGGCCUGCACAAGAGACAGUACCUUACUUAGUCGCUAUCCCAUCUGCAGUUUUCCCUCCACCGACGUCAUCCGGCUUUUACUAGAUGUAGGAGCCGAUCCGGAAUCCACCGAUCAUGACGGCAACACAGCAUUGCACAUCUUGGCUCAGACCCAGCCGUGUCCGUCUUCGGCGGUAAGUUUGGUUCUUCAGCGCGGAUGUCAUCUGGAUCAAGUCAAUUUGAAAGGCCAAUCGUUCGCCCAACUGAUGCAGAAGGUCCAGCCCAUCCACGAGGUUGUCAACACGCUUCAAUACACGUCGCUCAAGUGUCUGUGUGCCCGAGUCAUCCGUCAACACCGGUUGCUUUUUAAAGGAUUGGUACCGCAGACGCUUCAACCUUUCGUUCUUAAACAUUGAACUAUCUUUAAUCCAGCAGCAACAACUUACGCUGGAAACAUCUUUCCCUCUUCUUCCCACAGUUAUUCUUCCUGCAGGUGUAAGACACUAACAUUUAGGGCCUUCCCUUCCCUAUUUUUUCCUGUUUCAUUUAUGGUUGGCUUCCGUUUGGGAUCUAUCCUCCCCCUUCGACUAUUCUCCCGGUUGUUAUUCAGUUUAGAUUUUUUUUUUUUUGUGACGUCGACGCUACUGGCGCUUUACUGGCGCAUGAAGGGAUGCAACGGCAGUUUUAGUAGGUUUUUGUUUCUGUUAAAUUUGUUCGAUUUGUGUACGCCCUGUCGAAUAACUCUUUCGUUAUUUCGUUUCGUGCGUGCGUCCUUGCGUGCGGAUUUUUUUUCCCGGAGGGAAGGUUUAAUUUAAUGCUAUAUGGUAUAUAUACAUAUACAGGAAGAAAAAAGAAUAAGAGAGGGUCGUGUGUUGGAGAUUCUGAUUUUUCUGCGAGUUAAGUUGUUUUCGUAGUUGCUAGGGUUUACAAAUACCUUUGGUUGCCUAUUCGGGAAGGAAAUCUGAAUAUAAUUUGUGCGUUUCGGUACUUCCAUCAUUCAAAUGUACCGAGAGGUGUUUUAAAACGAAACAUUUUACAAGUAUUGUAAAAGCGAAUUUCUUCUAAUAUGGCGGUAUCGUUGUCAAAAGUGUGUACCCCGAUGCUUCCCUCCAUCUCGCUAUGCUCCCCUCCCCUCCCCCCUUUUCUGCUCUGAGUCACAAAAAGUAAGGAUUUGGGAUGUGAUCUGUACAUUUGUCUGCUUCUGCCGCAGGACCUUGUACCCUGUCGUUGUACAUUAGUUUUGAUAUUUAGCAAUACACUGCAUAUUACAUUGGAA